AUGCUGAGGCCCGACAGACGGCUUGUUGAACAGCUGUUCUCCAGUCGCGUUAUUCGGGUUCUUGUAUGUACCGCAACUCUGGCUUGGGGUGUGAACCUGCCAGCGCACGCUGUGGUUAUUAAGGGCACGAAGAUCUACGACGCCGACAAAUCUGACUUUGUUGAUCUUGACAUUCUGGAUGUCGUUCAGGUCAGCACGGUUGUUUACCACACAUUUCGUACUACUUAUAAUUUGUAAGUAACCAUGUUUUGGUUGAUUUUAGAUAUUCGGUCGUGCCGGUCGUCCCCAAUUCGAUACUUUCGGCUUGGCGACUAUAAUCACAACCCGCGAUAAAUUGGAUCAUUAUGUCAGACUGAUUACAAAUCAGGUUGCCAUAGAGAGCAAGCUGCUGAGUAAUAUCAAUGACCACCUUAAUGCCGAGGUAAUUGACUACCCUUCCUUUUUGACUAACUGGUUCAGAUUGCCUUAGGCACUGUAACGAACAUAGAUGAGGCUGUGACCUGGCUCUCCUACACAUACCUCUUUGUCCGACUCCAACGUUCGCCGUUGAACUAUGGAAUUACUCCCGCAAUGCUCCAGGCAAGAUAUUUUUGCCUUAUACUCAAUUUGAUCGUCUUUGUGACCUCUCGCUCGAACCAUACCAUUCCUCUGGUUGAAUUCUCCAGAGGCAGACCUGAAUACGCCUAAUUAUAAUGCUUUCGGUUGUUGGGUAGUAUCUAAGUGGCAGCCAAACAUUGUCUUGGUUACUCAUAAUCUUUUAGUAGCCAAUAUUAACCAUAUGUGCCUAAUUCGCACAGCAAGUUAUUCAACAUGGCUUUGCUCACAAUAGUAUGGCUGAAGCGCUCUUGAAAUCGUACGGUGCGCUAUAAGUGAUGGCUUGAAGAGUUUGUAUUUGAGGUACUAACUUUACCCGCUCUUGAAUUGAGUGUCCGCAUGCAAUAGUUCCUUCUUAGUUUGGCCUCUGUAGCAUUCAUUCGCGUGUGAUCCAAUACCGGGAAGUAUUACUGAUUGCGAUAUGAACAUUACCGGCUUUGUAGCCGUCCCAAUCUCCAGGUUCUGAUGUACUUGAGGUCUGAAGCCAGGCCCAUUAAUAAUCGAAUAAAGCUCUCACAAAUGCGCCACGAUGUCAUGCAAUGUCGCAUUGGACGACGAUUACCACUCUUAUGCAGUUGAAAUCCAAGGCUCUUUUCCUUAAGCUGUUGAUGGACAUCUGGAAACCUGGAUCUGUGUGAUACGUAGACACCGAGAUCUAAACACACUAAUAAUUUUCUCCAUGCCUAUUUAUACUCGUCCUAACUUCUUGCCACUUAAGUCAUCUAAUUAUGUUUUUGAGUAUCUUAAUUGGUGCUCGAAAGUUACUUUAAGCUGUUUCGGGGCCAAUAUAAGCAAACAUCUGUCCAGUCAGCGCGAGGAACCAAAUGUAGCUUAUAUGUGUUAAUUUAAGAAAGUUGUCCAGUUCACUUUUUGUUCCCAGUUUAGCAGCAGUAUUUUGAGUUCUGCGUAAGAAACCCUGAUGUGCUUCCCUAUCAACAGGAAGACCCCGAUUUCACACACUUUAUGACCAGUGCCCUGCGGAAGGCGGCACUUGAAUUGGACAAGGCUGAAAUGGUGCGCUAUGAGGAGUCGACUGGUCAACUGGCCUCCACGGACCGUGGACGAACUGCCAGCCUCUACUAUAUCAAGUAUGAGACGGCCGCGCUUGUCAAAGAUGCUAUGCAUCCGUUGAUGCUCAUCGCCGACCUGUUCGCGCUCAUCAGCCAGGCAGAAGAGUUUUCGUCAAUGAAGGUUCGUACCCCACCCCUCCCCCCCCCCUUGGUGUCCUUUUGACACUAGCUGCCCAUCGAGUGCAAAGUGACUACAGCCUAUCUACUGAAACAUAAUUAGUAGGCAUGUUUUUGUAUUUUGCAUAGGUCCGUGAUGAGGAGGAGAAUGACCUGCUGGACCUCCAGGACAACGCUUGUCAUGUGCCUGUAAAGAACCCGGGCACUGUGGAUUCGAACAUUAAAAAGAAGAUAAAUGUUCUCCUGCAGGCCUACAUCAGCCGCCAGCAACCGAGAACACACUCUUUGAUCUCUGACAUGAACUACAUCCAGCAAAAUGCCGGGCGUCUGGCGCGAUACAUGUUCGAAAUCGCCGUUCGGCGCGGAUGGGCGGUGGUUGCUAGCCAUGCGCAUCGUCUCUCGAAGGUGAAUUUUUGUGUGAAUUUUUCUGUUUUAAGAUGUGUGAAGGCUACAGUUCACUACCUUACCUACGUGAGGUCACGAAACGACCUUGUAACGCAUGCACCGUCCAUCCCGCAUCCCCAAAAGUUAUACUGCAUUAAAACCGAUCAUUAUUCGAAAGAACGCAAGUUUGGUUUGCAACUUACUGUCUAUUAACUAAAAGCAACAUAUUUUACCUGAAACAACCAAAUCAAGGAAACGAAUUUAUGACAAGUAACUGACAGCAGCGGACGGAAGUAUAAUACAAGCAUCAACAACUGCAACGUAUUUCUACUUUGUUGAUUGUUCUCCUGCUUUAAAAUUUGCCGUUUAUUGGGAGGACAUAGGAACUACUACGUUGUCUAUGGUGGUUUGUUCUGUCCAAUCAUGAAGCGCAAAUCCAGAUUUUCCAGCAUCGAACAAUGUUUUCUUGCUUUUUCACUAUUUUGCCUGUCAAUCGGAUUGAGACAGGGGCUGCUAGGAAAAAUUGAAAAUGCCUUUUAGGCCGCAAACGGAGUGGCACAAACACCUAAAUUCUAGUCGUAAGAUAAGUCAGAAUCAAACCUUACUUAAGCGGCGAAUAGGAGGAUUAUUCUGCAACAUUACGUUGUCCCCAAGACGUUGGUGAAUGCCGCUGUAACCAAAGACAUCCGUUACGAUGUUGAUGAACAUCUUGCUAUUGAUGGUCUCCGUUGUCCAUCGUCAGAUUAAUCGCUUUCUGUAUUCAGCGUCGUCAGGUCUUGAAAGUUACUGUCGGCACAGUUUGUUCUCGCCGAAAGUUCUUCCCACUUGUGACCGCCUGACCCGACUUCAGAGACAUGUCUAAAAAUGAGACCUUGCUAUUACAGUAAACAUUUUAUUUCAGAAUGAACAUCUAUGGCCAGUAUACUCUUGAGCAAGCAGAAAACUUUUUUCUCGGGGGAUUUGACUGAUGAGGACCGAAUUUUUUCAUCCCUUUUCUAAUUAUGCGCUGCGGAAAGAUUGACAAAUGCCAAAAGGAGACGAGAUGUCCACUGGUAGAGGUUCAUUAGCGGUCUGACCUUUCGAGUAGACUAGAAAAUCAUACGCCUAGCUAUCACUAUAUGGCGCAUCGGGUUUGAUGCGUAACCCGCCACUGCCGCCGGUGUGGCUGUAUUCGACCCCUCAUUUCACCAUGACCUGUGUCUGCAUCGCCCUCGCCGGCCGCGCGGAAAUGAAUUGCGGGAUGUGGAAUUACGUUGAGAAAACCGUCAAACGGCUGUGGUCGCGAAUACACGAGCAUCAGCCGGGCGGGCAAAAGUUGACCCGAAAUUCGGACGUGGCAACCCAUGCUGCGCAAAUGGAACCGCUUCCUGCGCCCAGCGGUUCAGUCAGUUUCACUUUCCAUCUCUCUCUCUCUCUCUCUCUCUCACUCUCCCACUAUAUGUAUGCCACUCUGCCCAAUGAAAUUUCCAUCACGAGAUUUCAUCAGUUAGGUCAUGUGCUGUGCAUCAGGACAUAGAAAGAAUGGUCGGGUCGUAUUUCGUAGCCGCACCUGCACUAGACAAGCCCCGGCCUCAUGUCAUACGGGACCGGUGGUAAUAAGGGGUUUAACACUAACCAACAACCCUAACCCCACCAUCUACCCCUAACCCCUAAUCCUAACCCCUAACCCAUAACGUCUACUCCUAACCCUAACUCCGAAACCUAAUCCUAAUCCUUACACCUAACCCCUGACCCUAAAAUCUAACACUAACCCCAACCGUAACUUUUAACCCAUAGCUUCUAACCCUAACUCCUAGCCAUAACUGCAACACCUAACCCUUAUCCUUACACCUAACCCUAAAACCCAACACUAAUCCCUAACCCAUAACACUAGCCCAUAGCCCUAACCGCUGACCCACAACCUCUAACUCCAACCCCUAAGUCAUAACCUUAACUCAUACACCUAACCCUAACUCCUACACCUAACCCCUAACGGUAAAACCUAACACUAACUCCUGAUCCUAACCCCUAACACGAAAUAAGAUCUUACUGAAAGAAUCUUGCAUUCAGUCUGUUUGGUCGGUUUUUUCGUGCUAUACUGGGUGUCGAUUCAUUCCCCCCACGCCUUCAUUUCGGUUGAACAGGCGUACAUUUUUACAGGCAUUUUAUCGCUUAGAGAAUUUAUGGCCUGCGGAGCAUGCGAAAUUCACAUGACUUUUUGGCUUUCUGAAGUCUUUGAUAGCUUAUAUUGGUUUAGUUUGAUGACGUGCGGGCCGUUAUUGGUACUUUUAAGAAAAAAUCCACUCCCGAGCCUGCCUUUUAAAUGUCCUCUCCGACAUGUGCAGAAUGCAACUUCUACCACAUACAUACCUAAGGGGGCUGCAACUUUGUCCAUUUUCCCAAUUCCUUGCAGAUGAUUGAACGCCAGAUGUGGUAUGAUGAUUCACCUUUGUGGCAAGUCGUUCCUCCAGGAAAAAGUCGCCUGGUAGAACGGGUCGAUGAAAUGGGCAUCACCGUUGACCGCAUUCGUGAACUUGGCGCGAACGAACUAAGUAUGUCCACAGACUCCCAGUUCUUUGCUGCUGACUGGAAAUCGACACGACUGGUAAAUGUUGUAUUUUUUUCGAUUUUGCAGAAGAUAUUCUUCGGUACGAGGGCAAAAAUGGAGCACAGGCUGUUUUUGAGAUGGCACAAUGCAUGCCUGUUCUGCGAAUGUCCGUGGACACACAACCCAUUACCCGCAACAUAAUUCGAUGCCACAUUAAACUAGAACCGGAUUUCAAAUGGGUACUUUCGCAGCAUGGACAACAACUAAUUUACUGGAUUUGGAUUGAGGAUCCGGAAGAGGCCACCAUUUAUCACUCGGAAGUAUUUACUCUUCAGAAGAAGGCGGUAAGAUUGUGCUUAAAAAAUGAAGUAAUUUCGGUCAAAAUCGGUGUGCUGCUGGUCUCUUUCUGAACAUGCAUACACAUAUUGCAUGUCUACUGACAAUUUGUUAGUAACCAUUAUUAACCAGUUUCGAUUAACCCCUAGGCCUUGUCUGGCGAACCGGCUGAGCUAGACUUCACCAUCCCCGUGCAUGAACCUAUUCCUCCGCAGUAUCUGGUUCGAUGUAUGCCCGAUCGAUGGCUAGGCGCCGAAUCGGUGGUCCCUGUUAUCCUUCGAAACAUCCUCCUUCCGCAGACUGAUCCUCCACACACCGGUAUGCCACCCGUUCAUGCCCAUGCUAUUGAUGCCCUUUCGUAGUUUCAGUGUUUACUGAGAAAAUCGAUAAAAGUUAUUUUUUAAAAAGCCUUCUUUCACCUUUUUCAUAUGUUCAACUACAUUGCUCGAUGUCUUCUCCACAGACUUGCUGA